AUGUCUACAUUGUUAUUGCAAUUAGAAUUUGCUUUGGAUAAGUUACAUGAUGUUUUGUUAGAGGCGGAGAUUUUAAACAUUGAUACUGAGACAGAUAUUCAUUCCCGAUGUGAAUGUGUUAUUGACUUAUUAUCUCGAAUAUAUAAUAGUCAGGGAGAUAAUAAUAGCAAUAAUGAUGGAAAUUUCUCUUUAAACAUUGAUACAAGGUUAAUUGGUUUGCUAUCGAAAUAUUCAAACAUAUUUGAUUCAAAUAGAAAGGUUUACAAAGAUAUUGAUAACCUAUUACAACUAUUUGAAAACUAUACUACAAAUAAUAAUAAUAAUAAUAAUAAUAAUAAUAAUAAUAAUAAUAAUAAUAAUGGUGGUAGUAGUGAAAACACUCAGUUAUUGAUUAAGAAAGUACGAUUUGAUAAUACUAAUAACGAUAACGAUAUGGACAUUGAUACUAUAACAAAUAAGAAUUUAUUAGAAAACGUUGAAAGAACUUUUAAACCAUAUCACGACAAUGUAGAAACUAAUGAUAGCCAGAUCGACAACAAUAUUUUGAUUGACUCCUCUCAUGAACAGUCUUUUAAUUAUAGUCAACAAAGAUCGGUUUUACAGAGCCAAGACAUUCAACUGAACACUUUAUCACAAUCAGUGAAUAUAGCUAAUUCCAUGUCAAGACAAAUGGGUGAUGAAAUCGAAACACAAAACAAUCAAUUAUUACCCGAUUUAGAAGCCAAUCUAGAUCAUGAUCAAAGAAGACUUAAUCAAAUUGUUAAUCAUAAGAUAUUGAGGAAUGAACAUAAGGAACAAGACCGUCUUUGUCUGGUCAUUUUGAUCCUGGUAUUGGUUCUUUUAUUUCUUCUAAUUGUUUUAUAA